UUGAGGUUGAGGUUAUAUUGUUUGUAACCUCAAUAAUUUUCUGAAACUAAAAAUGUUAUCAACUCUCAUAAACCCCGACUAACAGCAACGUCCCCAUCAGUAUGUUGUCAAGAAAUCUCUCUUCGAAUGCGGUCUUCUACAUAAGCCUCGCCGCAUUUGUUGUUUUUUCGAAACACAUCUUUGAUAAUGUGUUUCGUGCAAGCCAGCUGAUAAUCGACGAAGAGUUUCAUCUUCAACAGGGCCUUUUAUAUUGCAAUUUCACCUUUAAUACCUGGAAUCCUAAAAUAACAACUUUACCAGGAUUGUACUUAAUUUCCGCUGCUAUAUUAGGACCAUUACAAUUAUGUUCAGUGUAUGGACUACGAUUUACAAAUUUACUGGGUUCAUUUUUAAAUCUUAUACUGUUUCGCAAGUAUCUCACGCUACAGAAUCCAAAGCAUUCUUGGUCUAAUUUGAUGUCGAGUAUUAACAUAGCGAUUUUACCACCAUUGUACUUCUUCUCGCAUGUUUAUUAUACUGAUGUUCUUUCAAUUACGUUCAUUUUGUUGGCAAGUAUUGCUCAGAAGAAGAAUAACCACAUCAUGGCAUCACUUUAUGGUGCCUUGUCGGUUAUGAUGAGACAAACAAAUAUAGUAUGGGUGGUAUUUCUACUGGGACAAUAUGCUUUAAAGCAAUUCCUUGUACAUUUAAAGAAAAAGCAUUCAGAUAUUUGUAUAAGUGAUUUGGCACCCUUACAGCGGCAUUUAAAGGUUCAAAACAUCCUGAGAAAUCUUUUUUCAAAAUCACAUCAAUUUUGGACCAAUAUUGCAACUUACAUCCUUGUGCUCGCUGCUUUUGUACUUUUUAUAUUUAUGAAUGGUAGUAUUGUUGUUGGUGAUAAAUCUGCGCACACUGCUUCUCUACAUGUACCUCAACUAUUUUACUUUCUUGUAUUUUGUUUGAUCUUUGGUUGGCCAUAUUUUGUGAGAGAAUUAUCUCACUUUUUCUCUUACAUUCGGAACAGGUUCAUUUUUUCUGUUCUUGUAUUAACUAUAUUUGCAAUAAUAGUUUACGUAAACACAUUGGAACAUGACUAUUUGUUGGCAGACAAUCGUCACUACACUUUUUACAUUUGGAACAGGUUUUACGCCAAAUAUAAACUAUUUCGUUAUUUAAUGGUCCUAGUAUAUUACUUUGGAUUGUACGGAUUACUUUCAAAUUUGAAUGCUAAUCGCAAGAUAAUAUUAACAUUCAUGUUUUUACUCUGUACCACUACAGUUUUAGUAUUUCAAAAAAUGAUUGAGGUCAGAUAUUUUUUAAUUCCGUAUGUUUUAUUCAGGUUACAUUUAGAGAAUGUGAAAUGGUCGAAUCUACUGUUGGAGUUUUGUACUUUUUGCACAAUAAAUCUUGCAACAUUUUAUGUAUUCUUCACGAAAGAUAUAUAUUGGUCGGAUUAUGAUUAUGUUCAAAAGUUAAUUUGGUGAAUAAAGAAAUUAUUAUAAAGUAUA